AUGGCUCUACCAAAGGUGCAGAGCCCUCUCGUGGCUCCCCUGCUGCAGAAGGCUGCAGAGAAGGAAGCCUUGCAGCACUUCAAGGCUGCAGCGUUCAUCUACAAGCAGGUAUUGGACAUCGAUGGGGAGCACAAGGACUGCUUGACAAGCUGCAUACGCCUGCUGCUCAAGGUGGGACGCAACAAGGAAGCAUUGGAGCUUUCUGACAGAGCAGCAGCCCUGUACCCGGAAGACUUCUCCCAGCUCUAUCUUCAUGCCAUCUGCUUACGGGACUGUGGUCGCUUUGAAGAGGCUCUUGAUGAGCUGGAUCACGCCGCUCAAGUCGGCAAGCAGACAGGCGACAAGACCUUUGAUGAAGACAGCUUGAAGGUGUGCAAGGCGCGGACGCUGGCGCGGUGCGGGGGCCCGUACGCGCAUGCGGCGGCGCUGCUGAUAUCGGAGGUGCUGCAGGCCAACCCCAACCAGGAUGGCGCGCUGCUGGAGUAUGUGCUGAUAGUCCUGCAGCGCGGCCUGGCCGCCGACGCCACUCGCAUCCUUCUGCGCCUCCUCGUCAACAACCACGGCAACGCCCGCGUGCGGGAUCUGUUUGGGCAGUGCCUUCGGGAGGAGGGCAUGGUGGAGCUGGUGUGCUCAGAGGUGGGGGACACGGCUACGGCCACGUCUGCGCUGGCGUUCCUGGCUGCCAUCGCGCGCGACCACGGCGCAGUCAACCAGUCCCUCAUCCUCUUCAGGCGGGCUGCAGAGAGUGCCCCUGGCGUCCCCACGCAUGCGCUGGCCUACAUGCAUGCUCUGGAGAUCGUGCAGAGAUACAGCCAGGUCCUGGCUGUGGCUGUGGCUCUGCUGCAACAGACAAAGGUUGAAAUUCCAGACCUUGCGUACGAGCCUGUAAUUGAGAUACUGGCGGGCCUACCCGAGCAGCAUGCCCCGCUCAGAUGGGCAGAGGCGGACGGCUGGCAGGGAGUCAUAGCAUGCGCUUCCCCAGACACUAAGGGAAGCGCUGCCAAUGGCUCGUCAGGGAUGAGAGAGCACCCAUCAAGUCAGGUGGAGUACUCACCGGCGCAGCUGGAUGUGCUGGCCAUCCUGUUCACCUGCAUCAAGGUCCUGUACGUGGGCGGAGCAAUCGGCCGUACCUACCAGCUCAUACAGGCCGUAGAGCCGGCGCGGCGGGCGUCGGUCAAGCCGCUGCACACGACGAUGAUCCGCAACGAGGCGGCCUACCACGGCUGCGUGCUCCAGCUGCUGCGGGCACAACCCCCGCCAUCCCCGCUCACUGCACCGUCCCAGCAUGCCAUCUACCUCUGCGGAGACUCCCACUGCCUGCCAGGUGGCUGGCAGAGGCUGAGUGUGGGUGGGAGGGAUGUGGUGGUUGUGCCCAACCUGGUGACCGGUUGCAAGAUAUGGCACCUGCGCGAGAAGGGCAGCUUCUACCCCAAGACCGCCUGGGCCAACACCGUCGCCUCCCUCCCUCACGGAGCCUGGGUGAUCUUCAUGUUUGGGGAGAUAGACUGCAGGGAGGGCCUGCUGCUGGCCGUGGACAAGCUGAAGUACGCAGACAUCCAGGAGGCCAUGGGGGUGCUGGCUGACAUCUACAUGGAAGUCCUCACUCGCACUGUGCGCGACCGGGACCGGGACCUGCGGAUCUUCGUGCACCCGGUGCCUCCAGUCCUCAAUGAGACGCGCCACAUCGUGACCCCCUUUAAUGACCUCAUGAGGCAGCGGGUGAAGCAAGCAGAGUCCCAGAACGACCGCCUGCGCUGGCUGGAUGUGGCUGAUAGGUACUUGUGUGAGAACCGAUCGAAGUUGAACCCAAAAUUGAAUUUUGACGGCACACAUAUGUCGCCUGCUUUUCUGCAGUAUGUGAAUGCUGCUCUUGAGGACAUGAACAUUGCAUGUGGCCAAGCAUCAAUUUAA